AUGUCUACCUUUGUGGAAACUCACACAGAAUCUUCAGGCAACUGCAACCCGAAUUACCAAACGAAUGUAAAAUCAUCCGAUCUAUCUAGCAACAAUGUGCCUGCAUGGGGCAAGAAAUCUCCCUGGGGUGGUGGAUCUGGACAUUUGGUCUCUCCUCCGCCUUGUUCCUUGGUUGAUGUUAUGAGUGAACAACUUGCUCUCGAACUCAACAGAGAAGAAACGAUGAGAGAAAUGAACAGCAAUGGCAGUGACUUGAUAGCUAACCUUCCACUUUCAACUGCUGCUGAAGGAGUUGACUGGACUAACCUUAGUGAAAAAGAAAUCCAAGAAGCUAAUGAUGAAAUAAUGGCACGCUUAUUGCAGCAGCAAUUUGAUAAGGAGGAUGAUGACAAACUUAGGAUUGAGGAAAAGAAAUACAAUGGUAACAACAAAGUUUCCAUUUCAUUUGAAAAGUUUCGUGUAACCCCCACUUCAGAAUACGAUGACGACUUUAAUUAUACAGAAGAUAAUGAUGAGCAAAAAACAGAAUGGGAGAAUCCGAUUCCAGAUUUUGGACGCUGUGGCAUUUCAGGAAAGGGUAAAAAUAUAACCACUAAACAUGACCCUACAAUUUGUGGUCGAAGGAACGCCUCAAAGUUAAUGGAGUUUUCUGAUAAUUCUGGAGAUGGAGAAGGCAUGGACCUUAAAUUGCCAAAUGAUGUCUUUAACAGACUUAAAGUCCACAGCAAUGCUAUGAACAAAAGGCAUCAAAAAGUCCAUGAGAAAAAAGAACAUUCAACUGCUAUCCAAGCUGUAGACAUGGACACUCAACUGAUACUAUUCCAGAUGGUUAAUAGUGGAAUUAUUGAUGAUGUUCAUGGAAUUGUAAGCACUGGUAAAGAGUCUGUGGUGCUCUCUUCAGCUGCCGGUGAUAAUUUAAACAACUAUUUAGACAAUAAACACACCAAACGAAACAACCAACUUCUUGAUGGGAACAAUGAAGUUUGUCCAAGUGUAUGUGCAAUCAAAGUUUUCAAAACCACACUUACUGACUUCAAAGAAAGAAAAAUAUAUGUGAUUGGUGACAGUCGUUUUAGUCAGGAUAACCUGAAGAAAAUGAAUCCACGAAAAAUCAUCCAGAAAUGGACCAAGAAAGAAGCUGCCAAUUUACAUAGAAUGAGGCGUCAUGGUAUUCCCUGCCCUACAGUCAUCUGCCAAAAGAAGCAUGUGUUAGUCAUGUCCUUCAUUGGGCAUGAAUUUCGGGCUGCCCCACAGUUACGUAAAGCAGAUUUGAAUCCAAAUGACAUGGAACAAGCAUUUAAACAAACUGUUGAAAUCCUGUGUCGACUUUACAACGACUGUCAAUUGGUCCAUGCUGACUUCAGCGAGUACAAUUUACUUUGGCACAACAAUAGUGUGUGGGUCAUAGAUGUAAGCCAAGCUGUUGAAAUCAACCAUAAACAUGCCUUAGAAUUUCUAUUCAGAGAUUGCAUCAAUGUUUCAAAGUUUUUUAAAGCAUCUGUUAACGAUGUUCCUAGUCCCGAACAGUUAUUUAAUGAAAUAACCCAGUUGAAUUUUGUUGGAGAAGGUUCAGAAUUUUUGGAUGCUGUCAAACAUUUUGAUGAGGAGCAAAAAAAAAAUAUUAGUCUUCAUGAAAGGCAUAAUAAAAAUGACUAUGCUUUUGAUUAUUUCUGGGAACAGUCGAAAAAGCAGCCAAACCAUGAUGAUGAUGAUGAACACCAUGAAGAGGGAAAAGAAAAUGCUUAA